AUGGCUCACGCGCAGAGGAAGACCAGAAAGCUCCGUGGUCACGUCUCGCACGGACACGGACGUAUUGGAAAGCACAGGAAGCACCCUGGAGGUCGCGGAAACGCUGGAGGUCAACACCACCACCGCAUCAACCGUGACAAGUACCACCCAGGAUACUUCGGAAAGGUACUUUUUUAGGUAUUUAUUUUUAAAUGUUUGAGAAAACAUUCCUCCUAUCUUGGCGCUUCCAUUGGUGAAUAUGGCUGUGUAUGUUAUAGGAGAAAAAGUAAUGCCGUAAGGCUUUCGGGUCUCCUUCGGUGUUUGUCUCAAAUUUUGACAAAUGUCAUCCUCUGGGCUCAAGACAAUAAACAAAAAAAUUAUUCGAUAUUGUUUUCCUAAUUUUUUUAUGCUUCCAGGUAGGAAUGAGAGUUUUCCACCUCAACAAGAACCACCACUACUGCCCAACCGUCAACGUCGAGCGCUUGUGGUCUCUUGUCCCACAGGAGGUCCGCGAGAAGGCCACCGGAGACAAGGCCCCAGUCAUUGACUGCACCAAGCUUGGAUACUUCAAGGUUCGUUCAGAUUUGUUUAUCUCGUUUUAUCUCUCGUCUUGGCGCUUCUACUGAUACAUGUGGAAUGUGUAUGUUACGAGAGAAAAAGUGGUGCCGUUUGGCUGUCGUGUCUCCUUCGGUGUUUGUCUUGAAUUUCGACAAAUGUCAUCCUCUGGGCUCGAAACAAUUCUCAAUUUUCCUAACUUCACUUUCAAAUUUUUAGGUUCUCGGAAAGGGACUUCUCCCGGAGACGCCGCUCAUCGUAAAGGCCAGAUUCUUCUCCCACGAGGCCGAGACAAAGAUCAAGAAGGCUGGAGGAGCUUGUGUUUUGGUGGCUUAA